AUGGAGUCCGUCUGCAAGUUGCAAGCCAGAAGGGCAGCUUUGAGUGAGACUAUUGUGAUAUUAGAUGGAUUUAAUUUUAAGCCGGGCCUGGUUGUGCAGAUGUUUGAUCAGUUUGAGCCGUUCUUUCAAGCUUUUGCCAAGCUUGUUCUUGACAUGGAUCUGGUCCUUUUCAAGCAGCGCAAUCUGGAUCUCAAGGGAUUUGGUCUUGUGGAGAUUUUUCUCUUCCAGAAUUUGGAUCACUUGAUUGGAUUUGGCCGUCAAGCCCUGUUUGUGGACCAACUGCUCUACUUCUUUGCAGAGCACAUGCACCCAAUUUUGGGACUGGGAGAGUUUGUGUUGCAGUUCAUCCACACUACCUUUGAGGUUGUGGGCCCGCGUGUCUUCAAGCUCAGCCUGGCAUUUCUGGAGCUGCUUGAACAGCCGUUCUGGUCCCUCUCUGCCAACAGCUCCUGA